AUGAAGCAGCUUUUGAAAAAAUGCUUAAGUGAUAGUAGCGUGGAUCAUGUAAUAAGUGUGGAAGAAGGACUUUUCCAAACCUGCAAAAUGAUAGUAGGUCUGGGAGAUGAUGUAGAUGAGUUAAAUUGUAUGCAAAAUGGAAAUAUAGAGAAUGACUUUUUAUGCAUGCCUGAUAACUAUGCGAAGAAGAAUUGUGUAGAAGGGUUACGGAUGAGCGGGUCAAAUGGAGGAAAAUUUGAAUGCAUGGUUAAUUUGAAUGAAUAUUGUGAAAAUAAUUUUAAUAAAAUGUUUAAUAUAGAAUACAUAGAUUUACCCUUAUUAUUUUAUGAGACCAUUUUUUUAAAUUUUUUUAGUUCAUUUAUGGAUCGGAGGAAAGAUAAAGAAAAAGAAGAAAUAUGUUGGGAAGACAACAUAUAUAUAAUGCAUAAAUUAUACCAAAAAUUGGAGAGUCAGAAAUACAUAUUAUUGCAUAAAGCUAAAUCAAUUCCUAAUCAAAAAAAGAAAAAGAAAAAUUUGAAUUAUAAAAAUGGAGAUGCAUACUUAUGUAGUGAUAAUAUUAUAGCCAUAGCAGAUGGUGUCUCUUCCAUAAAAUAUAGUGGGAUAAAUGUGAGUAACUUCUCAAAUGAGCUUUUAAAAAAAUGCCUAAAUCUGUACAUACACAGAAGUGUUAAUAAUAAACUAUUUGAGGAACAAAAUCGGGUCAUUUUUAAUCAGCACAGCGUAAAAUACAAAACGGAGGAAAUGUUAAAACCUAUUGUGUGUAGAAGUGCAUGUUCUUCUAAUUUUUUAGGUGCAUCUACACUUUUAAUAUCUUCAAUGGAGAAAGAAAAGUUACAUGUAUGCACAAUUGGAGAUUGUCAAAUGUUGAUUUUACGAUUUAAGUCAAAUUUUCUAAUAGAUAAAUGUAUUCGAGAAGUGCAUUUAAAAAUUGAGUCUAAUGAAGAUAUGUCACAUUCUACUAAACGAGAGAGUGAUGUAAUGGAUACAUUGGACGAUGAAAAAUAUGGAUAUACACAAAAUGAAAUUCCAUAUGAACAAACAGAUGAUUACACGUUAAAUCCUGAUCAGCAGAUAUCAGACAAGCUUAUUUCUUCCCAACAUAGUUCUAAUUCAAUGAAAUGUAACUCGAAAAAAAACGAUCCUUUUAUUACACCCCUAGUGAGUAAUAGUAAAAAAGGCAUAGCUCAUGACAACAUGAAGGAUGAUAAAUUCAAGUUAAAAAAAUUGUAUUCACAGAGAAAGAAAAUGCAUAACAACAAUGCGUUUAAAAAUAUAAGCGCAGAUAUGGUUAAGACAUCCAACUGUGAUUAUAUUACAUUAUACAUGGAAGAGGAGUUAAGUGAAGAUAUAUACGAAGAUUUUGAAGAGUACUUGGGAGAAAACAAUUAUAAGAUAGGAAAUCUACUAUUUGUGAUAAAGGAUGAGGAUGUUCCACCAGUUUCAGAUAUAACAUCUGAGACGAUUACAGAGCAUAAUUUAAAUUUGAAGUUUGACCCUAAUUUUAGUCAGAAUUGUUCUCAUACCACUGAGAACAACAUUUCUGAAAAUUUCAAUCAGCCCAUUUCAACACAGACAACAAUGGAUGAAAGUGGAUAUAGGAAUUUACUAAAUUUUUUUGACAUGGAUCGUACAGAUAUUUCUGCUAUUGAACGGGAAAGGAAAAACGAAAAGAAUGUUUUUAAAAAAUACAAUGAAGGGAAUCUCGAAAUAAUGACAGAGAAUGUAGAAACCUGUUUGGAUGAAGAAAAUAGUCAGAAAUGCACAAACAUUAACCAAUUUAAUAAUUAUCGAUUCAGAUAUUUUGAUCAUGAAAGAAAUUAUUUUGAUAUAAUUUAUAAAUCAAAAAUUCAGCAGCAUUAUUUCAAUUGUCCUUAUCAAAUAACCUUCAUGCCCACUAACUUAAAGAGCAAUGUACAAAAUAACAAGAAUACUCAAAAUAGCACAAAGAGUAAGGUUAAAAUGAACACAUAUAAUGACAUAAUUUCAAAAUGCUUAAGAUAUUGUGAAUAUUCUAUUAUUGAUAUAAAAACUAAUGAUGUCAUCAUAAGUGGAAGUGAUGGAUUGUUUGACAAUUUGUAUGAUGAUGAUAUAAUGGAAAUCUUAUUUAACAAUUUCUACAUUGUUAAAUGCAACAAAUUUAUAAGUUUAAAAAAAGUUAUUAACUUUUAUGACGAAUUUAGAAAAACCUUAAAUCGCAUUAACCGUAUGAUUUCAAACAAUUGGAAAAAAGGGAAUGUUUCUAAAUGUGUUUUUAAAGGAAAUACAAGUCAGUCUGAUAAUAUAAAUGUCAAAAUUGAUCAAUGUGGGGGAGAAAUUAUAUCAGAAGAGACUUCUACUACAAAUCGUGGAGUGACGUCUAGCAAUCGCAAUUCUGAAGUAAACCUGGAGAUUUUGAAAAAAAGGGAAAAGACUGAUAAAUUUAAUGACGACAAGGAGUGCGAACACAAGUCUGAGGUUAACUAUAGUGAGGGAAAAAAUGUAGAAAGUGACACAUUGAAUGAUGCUUCUAAUGAUGGUGAUGGAAAAAUUGCAGACCUCCUUUCCAGGAAAGUUAAUACGUAUGAUUAUUUAGACAGGCAUGGACUCGAUGGAAGUGUAUAUGAGAAUAUCUUUGAUGAUAAAAAGAAUAAAGAAAAUGGAGACAAUACUUUUUCUAGUAAAAAACACAAAAAUAAUAUAGACACUGCUAUGCUUAAGUUAAAAUUUCAGUCUAAAAUGAAGAGCAUGUUUUCGAUGAGAACUAACAAUAAACAUGAAAUCACGGCGAAAAAUAGAGAGAAGAGCGAUAAGAAACUGGAGAGAAGCCUGAAAAAAAGUGAGAAAAACCAGAAGAAAGGUGAGAAAAGCCAGAAGAAAGGUGAGAAAAGCCAGAAGAAAGGUGAGAAAAAUGGAAAUGUUGAAGAGAACGAUGAUAAUGAGCAUAAAAUAAUUAGCUACAUUGUCAAAAACGAUUCAUCUAAAAGUUUUGUGAAGAAUAAAACGAUUGAUUAUGAUGAACAUAGCAGCAAUCAGUCUGAACAAACUGAACAAUCUGAACAUUCUGCACAAUUCAUAUAUGAAAAUGGCGAGGGUUCCAAUGUUAGAGAGAAUUUAAAAAAUAAACAAAGUUGGGAGAAAUUUACGGAAUGUGACGAAGCAUAUUCUGAAGAUUUGAACUUGUAUAAUUCAGAUAAGUCUAUGAAAAUAUGCAGUUCGAAUGAGUGGAAAGGGCUGGGAAAUAUUACACACAAUAAAGGCGAUAAAAAUUUGAAGACAAAUGAAACUGUCUUUUGUGCUGUGAAUGCACACUCAAAUGAUCCACAUGUAAUGGAACGAAAAAGAACAACGGAAAUAAUCAAAAAGGAUCUCAUUAGUGGAGUGAGAAGGGAAAAUUUUCACACCGAAGAUAUAUACAUAACAGAACAGAACAUCUUAACCGAAAUUCCUGACCUAAAUAGCUAUUUCAAGGAUGGUGUAGGAGGUGAAAAAAAUGAAAAAAAAAAAAUAAAAAAAAAACUAUUUAUCCAGGGAAAAAUAGAUUGCGGCAUACUUUUAUAUGAACCAAACGAUUUUGUACUAUUUGACGAAAGCAACAACAUUUAUUUAAACACUAAAAAAGCGUGCAAUGAGCUUGCAGAAUUAGCCAGCAUUUUAGCCAACCAGGAAAUGAAUAAAACUUUGCUAAGGAAAAGAAGAAAGAAAUACAAUGCAGAAAACAUAAAUACGAAUAUGAAGGAAGAAAAGAGGAAUCCAGAAAGUACACUCACAUGUGAAGUAAAAGGAGAAUAUGAAAAUGAUAAGCCAUCUUCUAAAUAUUCCCUUUCAAGUACGCAUGAAAAGGAAACACAAUUAUUUGAUAAAGUUAAUUACGACGAUAUGAAAUCAAACAAAUCAAAUGAUAAAAUAAUUUUAACACCGAUAUCUCAGUUUAUUUUUGAUAAAUACAAUAAAUAUUUUAAUAUGGGAAAGCCUGAUGAUAUAACUGUCAUACUUUCUGUUGUUAAAGAAAACAAAUACAAUUUGUAA